AUGUCCACUCUUUUUUUACAUAUUACCAUGCAAAGUAGUCUUUUGUCGGGAAUUUUUAGUUCUCUAAACUCUUCGCCGACAACACAUUUAACACAUUUAACUUUACCGCUACAAACAACAAAUACUACUACUUUUAAUACCACCACAAAUCUUUUCGGGUUUAUUCAAGCUCGGUUUAGAGCUUAUGGUAGAGAAUAUCAACCAAGUAAUAUUGUGAGAAAACGUCGGCAUGGAUUUAGAGCAAGAUUAAAAAAUAGAAAUGGUAGAAGAAUUUUAACUAGAAGGCGUAUGAAGGGUAGAAAAUUUUUAUCACAUUAA